AAAAUAUCCACAAUAUUCCUUAAAAAAAGAUAAAAAUAAAAAAAUCUACGCACCUAAGUCCAGUUAUUAAAACGUUUCAAUUUUCAGUUGUCCAUAAUCCAUAUAUACUCUUGAGCUUCAUUGUUUUGGGUUAUCUGAUCAGUUCCUUCCUUUUCAUCAAAUAUUCAAUAUCCAGAUGGAACAAGAAGUGUUAGAAUCAGGGCUGAUAUUACCAACAUACAUGCCUUUUAAAAAGAUUCAAAUGCACGAAAAAUACCCGAAAGGCCAAGCUAGAGGAAGAUAUUGGAAACAUUUAAAACAAAUCAUUCAAGCUGAAAAUUAUCAAGCUUAUCCACCCAAUGAGCCUAAUUAUGUUAAUAUUGAGUCGCCACCUUCGAUGCACCCUCGGAAGCAAAUCUGUGAUAUAACUGGAUUUGAGGCACCUUAUAGUGACCCAAGAACCCAUCUUCGGUAUGCAAACACAGAAGUAUUUAAGCUCAUCAGAUCGCUUCCUAACGAGUAUGUGCAAAGCUAUCUUGCUCUUAGAAAUGCAGCAGUUGUUCUCAAGUAAUUCCUCAAACAAUCAGCUUGGUUCAUUGAGUUCCUUUAUUCGUCAUGCUACUUAUUGGAGACUAGAACGUAGUGAUUAUGGCAUCAGUGAUUUUGAUUUUAACCAACUUCCUUUAUAAUACAUACUAUUGAUAUCGAAUGAGACGGGAAUUUGGCUGCUGCUUAAUUUUAUUCUUUUCAAAUCUUACUCAUUAUGUUGGAUAGAGACAGGCCGGUAUCAAAAUUGGUUGACCUGAAAUACUUUUAUGGCAUCAGUGAUUUUGAUUUUAACCAACUUCCUUUAUAAUACAUACCAUUGAUAUCGAAUGAGAAGGGAAAUUGGUUGCUGCUUGAUUUUAUACUUUUCAAAUCUUACUCAUUAUGUUGGAUAGAGACAGGCCGGUAUCAUUUUUGGUUGACCCGAAAUACUUUUAUAGCUUGUAUGUAUGUUCAUCACACACUUACUGGCAUUAGUUAUGUAAUUGACUAUGGUGCUAUGUUCCAUUCUGAAUAAGCGUUUAAAGGGAAACCUUUUAAUAGAA